GGAAACCAGAGUGCCCGGAGGAAACCCACGCAGGCUGUGCUACUGGGCAUUUCUUAGUGAUAUUUACCGGCGGCGCUGUUUUGAGAUCUGUACCGACCCCCUCCCGCUGUGAAGUGACUCUUCCAGUCGCCUGGUGAGCUGCGGGAGUGCGCGCAGCACAGACCUGCAGAGCGGACCUCCCUCGGAACCUUCACACCGGUCGGGGGCGGCCACUGAGCGGCUGGAGCCGAGCGCCGCGGUGACCAGCCCGACACCCACCGCCACCUCCACCAGACCGGUCGUAGCCAAACCAGGACCCAAUCCCGGUGUCGGACGGCCUGCGAGGCGCCUCGCGGUGCGCGUGAUCAACAUGUUGAAUGGCCACGCGGAGUACCUGCAACCGCUCGCGUCCGCUCCAGUCACCAUCGAGCUGGAUGCCAAGAAGAGUCCGCUGGCUCUGCUGGCCCAAACUUGUUCGCAGAUCGGAAAAGCGGACCCCGCGGCCUCCUCCAGGGAAAGCGCGACUCGGCAUGGCCUGAAGCUGGAAGAACACCGUCCCUCCUCUGCACACAAGUGCAUCUUCAAGCCCUACCAGAAAAGGGGCGGGGCCAGCGGCGAGCAAGUGAGCAGCGGCAUCUUGUCGACAAAUGUGGAAUUCGGGGUCCUCGGCAGCGCUCGCGGGAAUGCUUGUGCCGCCAAUGCGACAUACGCGCCACACCCCUUCUCGCAGAGCUGCGGUGAGCAAGGAUCCCGUCGACAGUCGGGUAGCGUGACGCCCAACCCGCUGGGCGACUCGCCAAAUACCCAGCAUGAGACUGUAAGCCCGAGCAGCACGAGUAGCGGCUGCGGUGGUGGGGGCGGACAGUCCAGAAAAGACAUCGAGGCGAGCGGGGCGACCCCGGAGGGUCCUCGCCUCGCUAACUCCGGCCACGCCCGAGCUAGCCCCAACUGCGUCACGGGGAGCUCCGACAGUGACAAAGCAGAGUCCGGCCCAGGACGCUUUAGACCAAUUUCUCCUUACAAGGCGGGUCACCCUCUCUUCCCCCUGCUCCCGUAUAACGUGGCGGUGGGCGUUUAUGCUAGCUACCCCAGGUCCAGUCCUUUCAGGGGGGCCUUGCCGCCAUCCUUCGUCCAGGGCUACUGUCUCAGCUGCCCGAGUGUGGCCCACGUGAGCAGUAGCCCCUGCGUCCACGAGCCCUCCAGUCUCAAGUCCACCUUCCCAUUGGUGUACCCACCUCACCUGACCCACCCCCUCUACUCGUGCAUACUCCCGAGCGACCCCCUCCCCCACGCUAGCAACUGGGAGUCACCCAGGGGUCCUCGGGACAAGAACUUCACCGCAUCCGACGAGCUGCCGGCUCACCUCCGGACCCGCACCGCCCUGGCCGUCGAGGCGGACCCCAAGGCGCAGUCCUCGGGACACGCUCGUUGUCACUUGCACCUGCCCCACCUGAGCAGUCCGGCGGGCUCCUUCCGAGCGCCUCAGAGUCUGGCAUUCGCUCGCUAUCAUCCCUACGCUAAUAAGGUCCAUUUGCCGCCUGGACCCUCCGCUGUCUCCACAGGCCCAUACGACCCCCACUAUGUGUUCUACAACCAAAGACUGGCACCAGCAUCCACUACGGGCUACCAUUGACGCCUCUAUGCAGGGAUUUUUUUUUUAUUGGGCUGAGAGGAUUUAUUAUUUUAUCAUUUUCUGAUGUAUGCUGACAAUUAAGUUUUAAUGUCCGGCGUCCCUAAAAUGAGGGAAUCUCGCGCUUUUUUUCUGCCUUUUAGGCUAAUUCAAUCAAUGUACCGUAAUUUCCGCCCUACAAAGCGCAACUUUUUUCACAAGCUUGCGGUGAUGCGGCGCUAGUGUUAGUGCACCUGGUGAUAAGCCUCGGAACACAGAAUUAGUUUAAUGCUAGUACGGCGCUAACGCAAGCGGCGCACUAAAGUUAUCACACCUGGUUAUUAGCCUCGGUACACAGAAUGAGUUUAAUGCUGGCUAACGCUAGCCCUGUGCUAACACUAGCACUGCGCUAGCGUUAAAUUCUUUCUGUGUACAGAGGCUUAUAACCAGGUGCGCUCUGUAGGCCGGGAAUUUCGGUAUACAAUAUCAACAAUUGCCCCCCCCCCCCCGAUGCAAUCGGAAUGUAACAGCAAAAAAAAAUGAAAAUACAUCCUUGUACUGUACUCCCACACCUUUUCUUUGCGUUCUCUCUGGAAUUUACUAGCACCUUGAUAGCUAAUGAAACCGAAGAAUCUUUUAAUAAAACACAUCUUACCAGAUUGAAGAUACCUCAUAAGUUCAGCAAUUACUGUGAUUUCCGCGACUUUUUUCACACCCUUUCAACACUGCGGCUUACGUGGUGAUGCGGCGCUAGCGCUAGCACGGCGCUUGCGUUCACACACCUGGUUAUAAGCCUUGGUACACAGAAAGAGUUUAACGCGAGCACCGCGCUAACGCUAGCGUCGUAUUAAUGUUAGCGCCACGCUAGCAUUAAACUCUGUGUACCGAGGCUUAUAACCAGGUGCGCUCUGUAGGCCGUGAACUAUGGUAUGUUAUUUUUUGUUGUUGUUGCCGUUAGCGUUAAAAUUAUGGUUUGGUGGGUCUUAUUGAUUAUUGGAAAGCGAGUUAGUGCCUUUAGCACUUCAGAACAUUUCAACCUGUACGCUACAUUUUAAGGCACAGGUGUCAAACUCCAGGCCCGGGGGCCAGUUCCGGCCCGCCACAUGAUUUUAGGCGGCCCGCGAAGGCAAAUCACGUACGUCAACUUCCGUGAUUCUCGUUCAAAUCUGAACCAGAAUUUCAAAUUGUCAUGUCAUGAAUCAUAUCGUUGAGGCAUUGCAAGCGUUUUUUUACGUUGGCAAACAUCAGCAGUAGUUGGAAAAACCCACUACCCUUGGUGUCUGAUUCCAAAAGUAAUUCAUAAAUUGCACGUGUCGAUAUUAUGAGGCGAUAAACGAUUUUUAUGGUUUCACGGUAGUGAAACCAGAACUACAGUGUGGCCCGUUACAAAAAUGAGUUUGACACCCCUAUUUUAAUAACUACUCGGAGUUCUACUUAAGUACGACCUCUGCAUGUGACCGAUCGGAGAAGUCAGCGAUGUCACGUUUUGUUGAGAUGCAUUUUUUUAAUAGUUAUGAACACAUAUUAUGAUGAGCCCACACUGAUUGUUCAAUCC